GGCGGCUCGGCCCGGCUGAAAAGGAGGGCUCGCCCGGCGCCCCCCCGCCCUCCGUCCUGCCCCGCGGGCGUCCCGCACCAUGGCGCUGUCCUGGAGGAGCUGGCUGGCCAACGAGGGGAGCAAGCACCUCUUCCUGUUUUUCUGGCUCUCCCUCAAUGUAUGGCUCUUCGGGAAAACCUUCCUGCUUUAUAAUCAAGGGCUACAGUAUUAUUAUUUGCAUCAGAUGUUAGGGCUAGGAUUGUGUGUUAGCAGAGCUUCGGCGUCUGUCCUCAAUCUCAACUGCUGCCUGGUCCUGCUCCCGAUGUGCCGUGUUCUCUUGGCCUUCCUGCGGGGAUCCCAGAAGGUUGCCAGCAAGAAAACCAGAAGGCUGCUAGAUAAAAGCAAAACUUUCCAUGUGACGUGUGGUGUUACAAUAUGCAUCUUUUCAGUCUUACAUGUUGCUGCUCAUCUGGUGAAUGCUCUUAACUUCUCUGAGAACUACAAUGAAGAAUUUGUGACCCUAAAUGCAGCAAACUAUCGUGGUGAGGACCCAAGGAAACUACUUUUUGCAACUGUUCCAGGUCUGACUGGAGUCAUUAUGGUGUUAGUAUUAUUCCUAAUGUGUACAGCUUCCACAUAUGCCAUCAGGGUUUCAAACUAUGACAUCUUCUGGUACACACACAACCUUUUCUUUGUCUUCUAUAUGCUGCUGAUGCUGCAUGUUUCUGGGGGAGUGCUCAAGUACCAGACCAACUUAGAGGAACACCCUCCUGGUUGCUUUAAUCCUAACAAAACGCUCCGACAGAAUCUGACUGUGCCAAAGGCUUUUGAAGAGCUGUUUCCUGACUAUACUGCUGAGCCUUUCCCAGAGGAUCUACCAGUACCAGAACCCUUUGUACAAAAUAGCUUUAUGAGAAUUUGUUCCGAGGAACCCAAGUUCCAGUCGCACUUCCCAGAGACCUGGUUCUGGAUUUCCGGACCUCUGUGCCUGUACUGUGUGGAGCGGCUGUACCGCUACAUCCGCAGCAACAAGCCAGUCACAAUCACCUCAGUAAUAAGCCACCCCUCCAACGUCCUUGAAGUCAGGAUGGUGAAAGAUGAUUUUGAAGCAAGGCCUGGUCAGUAUGUUAUUCUUCACUGUCCAAGAGUGUCUGCCCUGGAAAGCCAUCCAUUCACUCUUACAAUGUGCCCUACAGAUACCAAAGCAACGUUUGGGGUCCACCUAAAAGUAGUAGGAGACUGGACAGAAAGAUUUCGGGAUUUACUGCUUCUGCAUUCAAAUCAAGAUACAGAGAUUCUGCCCAUCUUUCAGCAGAGACGCUAUCCCAAAGUGUAUGUGGAUGGACCUUUUGGAAGUCCCUUUGAGGAAUCCCUGAACUACGAGGUCAGCCUCUGCGUGGCUGGAGGUAUUGGGGUUACACCAUUUGCAUCUGUGCUCAACACACUGCUUGACGGCUGGAAGUGCUACAAGCUCAGAAGACUCUACUUCAUUUGGGUGUGCAGGGACAUUGAGUCUUUCCGCUGGUUUGCAGAUCUGCUCUGUAUGUUGCAUAACAAGCUUUGGCAGGAGAAUCGGCCAGACUAUAUAAAUAUCCAGCUGUACCUCAGUCAGACAGAUGGAAUACAGAAAAUAAUUGGUGAAAAAUAUCAAGCUUUAAACUCCAGGCUUUUGAUUGGACGACCCCGGUGGAAGCUCCUGUUUGAUGACAUAGCAAAGUGCAAUAGGAGGAAGACCAUUGGAGUUUUCUGUUGUGGACCAAACAAAAUCUCUAAGAUACUUCAUAAACUGAGCAACAGCAGCAACUCUUAUGGGACAAGGUUUGAAUACAAUAAAGAGUCCUUCAGCUGAAAGUCUGUUGGAACAAGACUCUCUAGAAGAUAAAAGUGCAAUUUUUUGUUUGUACAAUGUAAAAGUUCAGCUGUGGUUUAAACAGACAGAAAUGUACCAAAGAAUAGCACAAAUGUUUUUAUUUAUGAUUAUUUAAGACUGAUGGAUGCAGCAGUAUACCAACAAAUAAUCAGUGCUUUUACUCAAAUACGCUCACACAAUAUUUGUGGUGGGAGGGAUUCUUUGGAUUUGUUUCUGUUAAUUAAAAAGUACAGAAGCUGGGGAAAGAUACUUUAAAAGCUGAUGGAAGAAGAAUCUGUGGAAUGUUUGAACUUCUUCCACUUCAGUCCUCUGAAGCUGGAUCAGUAAAUGGAACCCCAGGUUAAUCCAAGCAGCAAAACAAACUGUAUUACAAAAAAAUCUUGCUUUUGUUGGUAUACAAAUCUUAAGGCUUUGGGAUGAAAAAAUUUUAUUAUACAUUGCAGAACCGGGAUUCUGUAUUUAAAAUAUAGAGUGUUACUCUUGCUAGUCUACUUCUGUAAUGAAGUUAACCUAAGGAAAAGUGAGCACAAUUGUGUAGCACCUGUGGGCAGCCUCUGCUGUGAUGUUAGUCACAGCCUUUUGGCAAGCACGCAUCUCUACGUGGAGAACUUUGUAUCUUGCAUCAGUUCAGUAUUCAGUGAGUUUGCAAAAUAAUUAUGAUUUAUGCAGCCAUAAAGAUGGAGCAAGAAAAGCAAAGAACAGGAGCAGACAGGACCUGAAGUUUUAUUAUACCACACACUCAAAUGGAAGUUGCACUCACUCUGCACUUGCAUGCCCUGAAUGUUAAACACUUCAAGCUUUCAGAUGCUCUGACUAUUUUACAACACAGCAGGUUGAAAUCCAGUUUUUGGGGUCCCAGAAUAUGUUUGGUUGACUGUGAUCCUUGGAGUGUCUUCCCUGGAUCCCUGUUUGUUUGUCCUGGUGCCACAGAAAGCAGGAUCUACAGCAGAGUGAGAAUGAACCCUUCAGCUCUGUGGCUCCUUGGCUGAUGUGUGCAGAUAGAAACCUUGCAGGAGCUGCAGUAUGCUUUCAGUUUGUUCCACAGAGGAAGAUCUCAAAACAUCCCAAUUUUAAGCUCUCCUUCCCGUCCCCUCCCCUCAGCUGUUUUCUGCCCAUAAUUGCCAUGGGAGAGCUAAAGGUUGAAACUGGUACUUCAUGACUUUUUGGUUUUGAGGAGCACCUUUUUUUUGUCCAUCCAUAUAGCCAAUCCAACUUCUUUUAUUUCUUCUUUUCUUCCUUUUCCUUACUUUGCUGAGAUGAGGGCAUUUAAACAGGGAUCAGACACUUAGCUGGCAUAAAUAGGCACCACUCUAGUGUCUCUUAAUAGAGCAGCAUCACUUUAACAUGGUGAAAUCUUCCACUUGAUCUCCAGCAGAAGCUUGGGAGCAGUACAGUGUAGUGUUUGCAGCGUACAUUGGCAGAGGCUGGCUUCAGAACUCUCAUGCCUGUGGUUCACCUGUAUUUAGGGCAAUGCAUUUGCUUUCAUUUAGAUCUGUCCAAUUAAUACCUUUUUUAUUUUAGUGGGAAAGGCACUAAAUUUCUGCUUGGGAUACAGACUCUGUACCAGAGUCUGCAAGUAUCAGUGUGAGUGUUCAGAGGGAAGCAUUCUUCUAGUAGGUGGUGUACAGGCAUCCUGCAUGUAUAACUAGUGAGAAUGAGUUUGGUCUUUGCCUUGGCAGCUUUUGCUCAGGAGUUGCACUCAGUGAGCAGCAGGGAGGAGGUGCAUCAGUGAAGCCACGUGGGAAUGUGUUCCUCAGUGUCCAGAGCUGGCACCGAAGUCUCUACCUCUGGCUCUGCCCAAUUUGAAAUCCAGGCAGGAAGGAAAGAACCAGAUAUAGACAAAUUCCUACUAAUGAAAAUUCUCGAAGUAGCCCAGAUGAAAGAAGCCAAAAUAGAAAUGCAGUGAGAGAUGGGAGCCUACAUUACAGCUACUGAUUUAUUUUUUUUUUCUCUUUGAGGCAGAAAGGACCAUUAUUUUCGUACUGGAUCUCAUUCAUCCAUCACUGUAAAACUGGAGGUGUGCAGCAAAGAAUUAGAUUCUUUUUAAUCAGUAAGAUUUAUCUCUAAUACUGCCUGCAUAGAUUUUAUAAUAAACAUAAAACUGUUGGCAAGAUGCACAAAUACUGGAUAUUGUAGGUCCUGCAUACUUUUUUUGUUUUCUGGCUGUUAGUUUGAAGCAUGAUUGAAAUCAUGCCUGCAUCUGUUACCCACAGCUAGAAAGUGAUCUUUCCCUCUAGUUUUGGGAUCUAGUAUCUCAUGCUUUUAAAAUACAGUUUAGAGUCAUCUAAUCACUAUGUUGUUUGUGGUUUUACAUCUCCUCUGACAGAUAGAGGCUCCAUUACCAUAUAAUGAGCAGCUAGUUUUGCAGUUAGCUCUGUGCUAAAGCAGAUUAUAUUUCUGGCUCAGCUUCUGCAUAGGUAACACUUUAUAAUUAAAACAGUAAUACUAGUACUGUGCUGUUAUUCUGCAUUGUUGCAGGAGUUGAUGCUGUUUGUAGGCAUGUUAAACACAUGUUUUUACAUUAAGCAGUGCUGUCACAGCAAGAUUAAAGCAGAUCCAGGCUGUCCUCUUUUCUGUCUUUGUGUUGUAUCUGACUCAGCUGACCCACUUGUAAAACAAGCUCUGGACUGUCUGCCUUUCUGGAGUGUUUUGAGGCUUAAUUAAUGUUUGGUGCACAAGCAGUAGAAAGAGCUAUCUAAUUGCUAUGCAAAUGUGCUUAUGUUUUAUUUUGGGAAAACCUUUCUGUUGCUGAUUUGAGUAAUUGCUAGACCAGGUGAGGUAGAGUUUGGGAAAGUCUAAAAGCUUCAGUUGUUUUUUUUUCCUUUUUCUUGAGCUAUUCUUCUGUAAGAGAGGCAAAAAGCUUAAGAGUUGUUGAGUGACUGUGACUUGGCUUCAGGAGUGGCAGAUAUUAUGAUAAACACAAUUUUUUUACAGGCUAUGUUGUCAUUGCUCUAUCUGAGUGUGUCUUCAGCUUGCAAAACAGAGUCAAGCCCUCUUCUAAACUCCAUUGCUUUUAUAUCUGUAAGCCAAAUCUAUGUUAAAAUAUAACUCAGUGCCAGACAAGUAAGUGAAGGCUGACAGCACUCAAUUCCACAUUUCAGAUCAACGGGAUUUACGUAAUUGAGCAUCACUUUGCACUUUAAACUGUGUCUUGUGAGUCUGUCAUAGGUGUCUUGCUGGCAGGGGAAGGAUCCCGUCCUGUAUUCUUCCAGUUUUCACUCAGUCUUUCACAAAGCUGCAGACCUGUCAGUGUUUGUUCAGGAGGGUGUUUGUGUUUUAUUAAUCAGAAUUGUUUCAGGACUCUUUUUUAGACCAGGAAUGUUUCCAUACCAUGAUGAAAAUCAAGCCCUUUUGCUGCAACAAGAGUCCAGCCCUUGUGCAGCAGUGUGGGACUCAGGGCUUUACACAGCUAACAGCAGGAUUAAUCAGAUGUACCCAAGACCUAUUCCCAUAUCACUGAGAUUACUUGUGUGAGUAAAUCUCCACUGCCACAACAAAGAACAGCAGAAGUGAGCCCUGAUGUUGCGUGGGAAGGCCUAGUGGGGACUGACCUUCACCACCAAAGUCCCUCCACAAUGAUUAUUCCAGCCCAUUGUUUGGAGCAACACUUCCCUGUUUCAGUAUGUGGUACUACUGCUAGCAAGUGAGUUCUUCCUUGUCUUUUUCUCCUCUUCUAGCCUCUAGCACAUAGGUGGCAAAGAGAUUUGAAGCCUGCUGAGAGAGGGCAGAUAAUGCAUUAAGUAGCAGACAGCCAUGUUGGGAACAGUAAUUCAGCUGUAACAGCCUAACAGAACAGAGAAGUAAUGAUUUAGUAGGACUUGGAGAACAGAAGCCUAAGAGGAAAACCUCUACUCAACUCGUUUAAUACGCCAGGUUAUUGUUUCAAACCACAAUACAUGGCGCUGGGGAAGCAGACAUGAGGCUAAAGAGUCACUGCCUAUAGCAGUUCAAGGACCAUAAGUCAGAGAAGAGGCAAAGUUAUUAAAAUGCAGUGUUUACUGUUUUAAAAAAUAAAAGCGCUUCUAGGGAGAUUAAUUUUCACUUCAGCCUGGCAAUCAUUUCAUAAACUCACCAGUUUGAUGUAAUGCAAGGUAGAUCUCUUCUUCUCUGGAUUAUGCAUCCAAUUUUUCUGCAUAUUUUCCAUCCCUCACAAUUUCAACCAGUUUUUAUUGUUUUAGCCAAGAGGAUUUAACAAGAAGGUUUAAUCAAAAUGCCACUGGUGCCUGUGCUGAGCAGAGGUUUUCUGCUAUGAAUAUACAUUUUUCAGGGAUAUAUAUAUGUAUAUAAUAUAGCUGAUGACUCAGCUGUGAACAGUGAUUUGGGAUUCACAUUGUUUCUGCUGCUGGUGUAUUUCAUUAAGGCCACUACAGUGAUGCACUAGCAAAAUGUAUGGAGCUGAAAUGAGACUCUUCAUUCUCAUAAAGAGCCUGGUAUUUUAGUGCCUGUACUAAGCACAGUAAAUCCUAGAAACUGAAAUUUCCUUUGUAGGCACAGUAGAUUAAUUAGCAUCUUUUAAGGUUAAAAAACCUGAGUCCUCUGCUGGACUGACAUGUAUAAUGAAUGCUCUGACACAAGGUUUUUGAGCAACAAAUGCUUCUCCUUAAAGGGCUGGAUGAGGAUAGCUGAAGGUUAUUAUCUGAAGGUUUAGUAUCCUGCUAAUUGUAUCACCCAUGUUGUUGGAGGGAUGAGAUCUGUUUUGGUACCAAGGAAUGAGAUCUGUUUUGGUACCAAGGAAUGUUGUGCCCUUCCUCUGAUGUUAUGAAUAUCUCUAAACUUCAGUGGAUCCUCAAGGUUUACUAUGCCUGAAGUGUUAUAUUCUCUAGAGGUUUCCUAUUUCUAAGAGACAGGUGCUGGAUCUGUACUAAGAACAGUGGAUCUGUCCCAUUAUCACAUGGGCACAGAGAGAAAGCUGGAAAAAGCCACAUGUCCCAGGGGCAGAUUGCUUCUUAACAGAGCCCUUGGAUGAGAGGGAAGGCUGUUCCUGGAGCUCCAGGUAAACUGUUGUCAACUGAGGAGCAACCCAAGGAGGGAAGGAGAGGAUGAUGGAUGCCACCAAUAAACAGGGUGAAGUAUUUUGUACCUGGGAGCCAAGGGGAGGGAGGAGACAUUCUUCUUAGCUUCUCAAUGUUAGAAAUUAAAACCAAACCCCAUUUUCUAGAUGUGUAUACAGAGUCUCCCUGGGGGUUGAGAGCUAAUGUAUGCAAAUGCAUUGCAUUUCCAUGCACAGCUCAGUGCUAAAGCCCAGAAGUAAACUAGUAUAUUAUAGAAAACACCCUGGAAAUAAGCAAUUCUUUGAAAUAAAACCUUUACUCUUUCAAGUUAACUUCUGAAAAACAUCUAUUCUGCAGCUGCGGAAUUGGGAAAAGGCUUUACCUGUUAACUCCUUUUCACCAAAAUACUGGAGUGUGGAGUUCUCUGUGUCAGCUGUAAGUAGCUUUGACAGUUUGAUAAAUAAAUUUUGUGUUUGUUGCUGCUGACCCUAGGAAAGGACAGCCUUGAGGAUAAGAAGCAGUGUUACAUAAAUGUCUAGUGUACAUGGCAACACUGAGCAGGGAGACGCUGCUGCAUUGCUUUUGGUGCACCAGUCACAUUAAAAUUCUGUCAUUGCAAGGUCACGUUGCUCAUCUCAUACUCUGCAACUCUGGGGAAGAAAUUUGGAUGAGAGAUGGGGGAGGAAAAGCAAAAACUUCCUCCUUGUGCUGUAACCAAGAAUAUAUUCAUCGACAGCAGGGCACUUGUUUUGAUUUCAAAAGAGCAUGCCAUUUCUUUUUCAGGGAUAACGGGUUCCCUCCUGUGUCAUGGAGUUUGCAUGUUAGAAGUGUAACAAAGUGAUAACGGGUUGCUUCCGAAUUGAAUAAAUAACGCCUCAAGCUUUUGCUUCUCCCUUGAAUAGUCUGAGAGAAAUGCAAAAUACCAGAGAGCACAUAGAGUGGACUGUGUCCCAAGCUGCACUCGGCACAGCCUGGUUAGGAAUGCUGCACAGCAGCUCUGCAAGCUGCUGGGAAGAGGCAAGGCUGAGGUUGUGGGUUUGGUCCCUGGAUGGACCAUUCAUUUAAAUUGUGAUCCUUGUGAGUCCUUUCCAGCUCAGAUUAUUCUGUGAUUCUGUGUAACUGUUUAAGAACAUGUCAGUGAUGCAUGGUCUGUGGUCAGAAGCAGGACAGGUCGCCACACUGUCUGUCACAUCUCUGAACCAUGAUGAGCCUCAGCCAGUCCUAAGUAUGCUUUGGCAAAGGUGGAGUCAGGGGCUCUUGGACUGAGUCUGCAGGGUGAGAUGAACGGUGUAUUAGACAGAGCUGGAUUAGCCUCCUGUGUGCACUUUCAAGCCUGGAGCUCAGAGCUGUCAUACCUGAGGGUGAAUUGACCCAAAGGUCAGACCAGCUAGGCAAUGAGCUGGUCUGACCUUUGGGUACAGUCACAGUUCCAUGGUUAGAUGAAAGUACAGACAAGCCCUGUGUAUUUCUCCAGCUUUGUUGUUCAGGGGCAGGAAAGCAGGCUAUGUUAUUGUACCUCAUUCGGUGUUAGAUGCUUGAACGCAGGUACUGUUUAGAGCAGAGGAGGAUGGUGAAUGCCAGCUUCCACCCACAACUGAAUACACCCUGCCCAUUUUUCCAGUAGUGUUCUUGAGGAGUAAAUGGCAAAGUCUCUGCAGAGAAGACACAAGUGCUUCAUUUUUCUUUUAUUGUAUCAGAGCAACAUAAUUAACUGUUAAAAAAUAUUUGCUAUGACUGUGAAUAUUCACUUAUGACAUUAUUCUUUUUGACUGUUUAAGCCCUAGUAACAAUUUGAUGCACACUUUUUGACAAAAACGUAAUGUCCCAAAGCUUUAAAAUAUAGCUUAGAUGGAACUUGGCAGGGGUUCUCCACCUGAUAGUGAAAUAUCAUUUUCUGUUGGAGCUGGAUGCAUUUGUGCUUCAUUCAUCUUGGUCUGCUCCAUCACCAUGGAAGAUUAGAGGGAGCUGGGCUUUCAGGUCCUUCUCUUCCUCUCUGCAUAUAACCUCAGCCUUCAUCUAGAGGUGUGUUUGGACCUUUGGAUCACUGGAUACAUCAUCACUUAUGUGUCCUUCAUAUAGUCCUCCUUUUGUGCUCUUCCUCCCUCCAUAGCACAAAUUGUAUUAGGAGACUUUUCCCACUCUUUGUUUCCUGUGACUCAGGAAAAUGCCAUUCUGGGAAAUGCAGAGGGCCUCAAUUUUAUUUGCAGCAUGCACCAACCUGUGUAAUGCUCCUGGUGUGCACAAUCUUGUAGUCUCUUUGAUUAGCUUCAAGAAAACGUGGAGUGCAGCAUCCCAAUGCUGGAGGCGCUUCUGGCAAUCAGAGGAGAGGCAGUGCUACAAGGACAGAUAUGUAGAAAAUGGGAAAACUUGUAAGAGCAAAGAUUACAUCAUCUUCUGAAUGAGAAUUGGGGAUGUGGUUUUGAAAAAGUCAGAUCACUCACUUGUGGCUACCACAGAAAUUAAGUCAUGCUUCUGCUUUCACACGUAGGCAUUUCAGGACACUGGGCAGUCAUGCAAAGGGUUUAUUUUUUUCAAUUACAUUUGCUAUUUCCAUACAGCCCCUACUUUAUCAGCUGCAUAUAAUUUCAUUCUUUCACUGAUUAAAUAUUUCCUCGCCUGGUUUCUUUGCUUCUGGGAGCUUGAGAGCUCAUUGUUUAUAAAGGGAAAGAAGAAGUAUUGUGCUGUUAAGCAGACAGCUCCCAACACAAAUGUUCAGCUCUGCAUCUUUGAAAGGGAGGCCUUGAUGCUGCUGUGAGUGCAGAAGGGCAGAGCUUUCACUGAGAUUCAGGUGUGACCAGGAUCCUCUUCCAGGCUUCAUAUAUUGAUGAAGCUCAGGGCUUAUUAAUUAGCUUUUUCUGAAAAAGUUACCCUUAGUCCAAAUGUGCCAGGUUGUGAAACCCUUACUCACAUUGAGUUUUCCUCUCUCUGUAUUCCUUCUGAUCAUUUUCAGGAGCAAUUUUGAUGAAACAUGUUUGGGUAAGAAAUGGUUCUCUUGGUCUGUGGUAGUUGAGAAGAAAAGUCAUAAUUGUGGUAUCUCCCCUCAAACUGACGUCCAAAAAAGUAUUUUGAAGGGCCCAGCUGUAUUAGAUCCAUAAUGUGUAUAUGGGCAGUUUCUUUAAGGAUCUAUGAUUUUACAUUUUUUUAUGUAAAUAUAAUUUCAUUUUCAGAACCAACCAAACAAAAAAAUACAAAGCAUCUUUUUUAUGUUGAAAAUGCUUGUAUGUCCAAAACACAUCUAUUUUAAAAUAAUUCUUCCAAGAUGCUUAGAAGAAGAGUGGAAACCAUCUUGAAAAAAUUCUUCUAAUAGCAAAGUAUUCUUUGGUUUUGUUUUUUUUUUUUUUUUCUUUCCAACCUUCAUUAGUGAAAAAGUUCAGUUCAAACUAAGCAAUAGUACCACAGUCUGAGCUUCAGCAAUGCAGUGUCUUCCUUUUGAAGCAAGGCAUCUCUCUAGGAUCAUGUCUACACUGUCAUCUGAACCUUCCAGGCAAUGUCUGUAGCAGGUCUGGACUUGGGUUUAUGUGAGCAAGAAGACAUGAUCAAUUUUUGUCUUACUUUGGGUAAUUAUUUGGAACUCAAAGGCCAUGUGAGAGUUUGAUGUGGUAAACAGGCAGGAACUGGAGCCCCUGGUACAAGUGUGAGUAUGCUGAAAAGACCUUAGGCUGUUAUCUCACUAGUCAAAUUAAUUAAAAUCCAGUCUCAAGAAGGAAGAUGUGGGCCACAAAGGAAAUUCUUGCCAUCCCUAAAAUUUGGAAAAAGCACUAAACUAAGGUUGGCUUUCCAAUUUUUCUUUUAAGAAAUGAGUCUUGAAAAUCGUUAUUUACAGUUAACAUGUAUAAUGAGACUGAAAAAUUAAUGUCUCGUCUUUUCUGUAGCGGCAGGUCUUAAGUUUUUCACUUCUGACCACAUUCUUCUCUCACUCUUUCCUGUCGCGAAAGCAAGAGACCAGAAAAUUCUUUCUGAAUUUCCAGGUCUGUAAUUAUAUAUCUUUGCCACUAGAGGUGAAAUAAAAAUAAUUUAUUAAAAAGGAAGGUGACAUUUACUUUUUAUAUCUCUUUACAAUGUGCAAGAUAACCAUUUUGGAAAGUAUUCGCAUAAAUGUCCACAAUUUUGAGUACUCAAUGUUCUUUUCAGAGGUGCCUGUUUAUAUUAAUGUAAUUUCAAUCUGUUCUUAUGUUUUUAUAGAUCAGGAUGUGGUACAAUUCUCUGAAGAGAAAUGUCUGCUUAGUUUCCAAGUGGAACAGAAAGCAAAAUUUGUCCCUGAACUUUCAUUUGUUAAGUUUUUCACCCAAGCUUGACUUUAAGAAAAAGAAUGGUGGGUUCAUGUCUAUAACAAGUCAUACUCUUGCUGUGUGAAGCAGCCCAUUUUGUAGCUUCAGCUUGCUGCCCCCCAACACAAGAGAGGAACUGUGUUUCUCUGACUGGAAGGACUUAAAUACGUCACUAUUGUACCUGCAUGCCUCAUAAACCUUCAAGGAGUAAGCAAUAAGCUUUCUGAAUCUGUUAGUUCCACUAAGAUGAAGGAAAAUUUUUACCAGUUGUCUAUAUAAUGAGGCAGAACUAGAAAACUGAUCAUUAAAAAAGCUUUGGGUUUUCUUUUUCCUAUUUUUUGGGGUUUAUUUAUUCUUCUCUUUUUUAUGAGUCAUGAUCAGAACUCUUUUCCCUCAGUGUCCCUUUCUUAGUUACACAGUGUUGUGAGGGUAGAUGAAAUCCAUUGGCUAAAAAAAGGACUCAAACAGGGCUCUUGAGCUUAUCUCAUGUUGUUACACAGUUCCCCUACAAACCAGUCACUCUGUGCAGGAUUUUCAGACUAACAAGAAGAACUCAAAUUCACUGAGAUUUUUAUAACCAACUGCAUUAGGUUUCUUUCUAAAACCCUUUCUUUUUGCCUACCAGUAAAAUGGGGACAGCCACACCGGAAGAGAAUUUUGAUUUGCCUGGCAAAUAGUCCUUCAUUUAAAAUUUGUUUCAUUAAAAUACAAAAUCCUGGUUGCAGUGUGGAAAGGAGGCUUCUUGCCCAAAAUACUCAUCUGAAUUAGCCAUUUUAUCUUAAUGGCAGUCCUGACAACUCAAGUCUUUGGCUGCUGAGUUCUUUUGCUGUUCAGAUGUUACUUUUACAUUCUGUUAUAUUAGCAGAUCAUCUUAAUGUGAUUUUAUGUCUUUUAUUGUAUUUGACAAAGCACCAUAUGUUUAUACAUCAUGUAAUUAUGGCACUGUACUCUAAAGGUAUUUACUUUACAGGAAGCUUCAUGACUUUGGAAUAAACAACC